AUGAAUGUCCCACCGUCGUUCCCCAUGCCACAGGCGUCCAACUACCAGAGCGAUCCAGAAAAGAUGAACGCCGCCAUUACAUAUCUGGAAGUGAAGGCAAUGGAUGCGAAGAAAAUAGUUGAAGAGUUGCUUUAUAUGCUUGAUAUGCAGGAGAAGGUUCCUUGGCCUGACAUGCUGGAUAAGUUUUCCUCUCUAGCCGCGGCCAUGUCACAACUUCAGGGAGCAUUGAAGAAAAGUGCUAUUCAGUCAGGUCACGAAGAUCAUGGAGCUCUACUAAGAAGUCACGUUCUUGUACCACAGCGGCUCCAGCUUGAGCCAGAUCAGCAGUUGCAAAACCUCACCUCUUAUCGCGUGCACUCGUGGAAUCACGAUGUUGUCCCGGACUAUCUGCGCACGAAACUCAAUCCCGAAAUGGAAUCUGAAGAAAUGGUUUUGGAACAGGAUAAAAAUCAAAAGGGUAAGUGGAUUUUGUUUUAUUUUUUUCUCUAA